AUGGCCCAGCUCCGGUCCUCCUCCGGCCCAGCUCUGGCCCUCCUCCGGCCCAGCCCCUGGCCCUCCUCCGGCCAGCUCCUGGCCCUACUCCGGCCUAGCUCCUGGCCCUACCCGGCCCAGCCCUGGCCCUCCUCUGGCCCUCCUCCAGCCCAGCCCCUGGCCCAGCUCCGGCCCAGCAUCUGGCCCUACUCCGUCCUAGCUCCUGGCUCUACUCCGGCCCAGCCCAUGGCCCAGCUCCGGUCCUCCUCCGGCCCAGCUCUGGCCCUCCUCCGGCCCAGCCCCUGGCCCUCCUCCGCCCUACCCCGGCCCAGCUCCGGCCCAGCCCCUGGCCCUCCUCCAGCCCAGCCCCUGGCCCUCCUCCAGCCCAGCUCCGGCCCUCCUCCGGCCCAGCCCAUGGCCCUCCUCCGGCCCAGCCCCUGGCCCUCCUCCGGCCCAGCCCAUGGCCCUCCUCCGGCCCAGCCCCUGGCCCUCCUCCGGCCCAGCCCCUGGCCCUCCUCCGGUCCAGCCCCUGGCCCUCCUCCGGCCCAGCCCCUGGCCCUCCUCCGGCCCAGCCCCUGGCCUUCCUCCGGCCCAUCCCCUGGCCUUCCUCCGGCCCAGCUCCGGCCCUCCUCCGGCCCAGCCCCUGGCCCUCCUCCGGCCCAGACCCUGGCCCAGCUCCGGCCCAGACCCUGGGCCUACUCCGGCCUAGCUCCUGGCUCUACUCCGGCCCAGCCCAUGGCCCUGCUCCGGCCCAGCUCCGGUCCUCCUUCGGCCCAGCCCCUGGCCCUCCUCCGGCCCAGCCCCUGGCCCUCCUCCGGCCCAGCCCCUGGCCCUACUCCGGCCCAGCCCCUGGCCCUACUCCCCGGCCCAGCUCCGGCCCUCCUCCGGCCCAGCCCCUGGCCCUCCUCCGGCCCAGCCCCCGGCCCUCCUCCGGCCCAGCCCCUGGCCCUCCUCUGGCCCAGCCUCUGGCCCUACUCCGGCCCAGCCCCUGGCCCUACUCCGGCCCAGCCCCUGGCCCUCCUCCGGCUGAGCCCCUGGCCCUACACCGGCCCAGCCCCUGGCCCUCCUCCGGCCCAGCCCCUGGCCCUCCUCCGGCCCAGCCCCUGGCCCUCCUCCGGCCCAGCCCCUGGCCCUACUCCGGCCCAGCUCCUGGCCCUACUCCGGCCCAGCUCCUGGCCCUACUCCGGCCUAGCUCCUGGCCCUACCCCGGCCCAGCCCCUGGCCCUCCUCUGGCCCAGCCCCUGGGCCUACUCCGGCCUAGCUCCUGGCUCUACUCCGGCCCAGCCCAUGGCCCUACUCCGGCCCAGCUCCGGUCCUCCUUCGGCCCAGCCCCUGGCCCUCCUCCGGCCCAGCCCCUGGCCCUCCUUCAGCCCAGCCCCUGGCCCUACUCCGGCCCAGCUCCGGCCCUCCUCCGGCCCAGCCCCUGGCCCUCCUCCGGCCCAGCCCCCGGCCCUCCUCCGGCCCAGCCCCUGGCCCUCCUCUGGCCCAGCCUCUGGCCCUACUCCGGCCCAGCCCCUGGCCCUCCUCCGGCCCAGCCCCUGGCCCUCCUCCGGCCCAGCCCCUGGCCCUACUCCGGCCCAGCCCCUGGCCCUACUCCGGCCUAGCUCCUGGCCCUACUCCGGCCUUGCUCCUGGCCCUACCCCGGCCCAGCCCCUGGCCCUCCUCUGGCCCAUUCCCUGGCCCUACUCCGGCCUAGCUCCUGGCCCUACUCCGGCCCAGCCCCUUGCCCUCCUCUGGCCAGCCCCUGGCCCUCCUCUGGCCCAGCCCUUGGCCCUACUCCGGCCUAGCUCCUGGCCCUCCUCUGGCCCAGCCCCUGGCCCUACUCUGGCCCAGCUCCGGCCCAGCUACGGCCCAGCUACGGCCCAGCUCCGGCCCAGCUACGGCCCAGCUACUGCCCAGUGGUACAUCGAGUGGUACAUGUAUAUGGUGGUUGUGGGGAGACCUCAAACCCCGAGGCUCAGCAUGGCUCCUCCCGGCCCAGCCCCUGGCCCUCCUCCGGCCCAGCCCCUGGCCCUCCUCCGGCCCAGCCCCUGGCCCUCCUCUGGCCCAGCCCCUGGCCCUACUCCGGCCCAGCCCCUGGCCCUACUCCGGCCUAGCUCCUGGCUCUACCCCAGCCCAGCCCCUGGCCCUCCUCUGGCCCAGCCCCUGGCCCUACUCUGGCCUAGCUCCUGGCCCUACCCCGGCCCAGCCCCUGGCCCUCCUCUGGCCCAGCCCCUGCUCCUGGCCCUACUCCGGCCCAGCCCCUGGCCCUCCUCCGGCCCAGCCCCUGGCCCUACUCCGGCCCAGCCCCUGGCCCUACUCCGGCCCAGCCCCUGGCCCUACUCCGGCCUAGCUCCUGGCCCUACUCCGGCCCAGCCCCUGGCCCUACUCUGGCCUAGCUCCUGGCCCUACCCCGGCCUAGCUCCUGGCCCUACCCCGGCCCAGCCCCUGGCCCUACCCCGGCCCAGCCCCUGGCCCUCCUCUGGCCCAGCCCCUGGCCCUCCUCUGGCCCAGCCCCUGGCCCUACUCCGGCCUAGCUCCUGGCCCUACUCCGGCCUAGCUCCUGGCCCUAUACCGGCCCAGCCCCUGGCCCUCCUCCGGCCCAGCCCCUGGCCCUCCUCCGGCCCAGCCCCUGGCCCUCCUCCGGCCCAGCCCCUGGCCCUCCUCCGGCCCAGCCCCUGGCCCUCCUCCGGCCCAGCCCCUGGCCCUACUCCGCUCCUGGCCCUACCCCGGCCCAGCCCCUGGCCCUACCCCGGCCCAGCCCCUGGCCCUCCUCUGGCCCAGCCCCUGGCCCUCCUCUGGCCCAGCCCCUGGCCCUACUCCGGCCUAGCUCCUGGCCCUACUCCGGCUGAGCCCCUGGCCCUAUACCGGCCCAGCCCCUGGCCCUCCUCCGGCCCAGCCCCUGGCCCUCCUCCGGCCCAGCCCCUGGCCCUCCUCCGGCCCAGCCCCUGGCCCUACUCCGGCCUAGCUCCUGGCCCUACUCCGGCCUAG